AUGUCUCGAGCUGAGACGGUUAGCUCAAAGUUGCGCUUCUACUCGAUUCCUCAGAGUAUCGUGUCAAUUGACAUUGGCAGUAAAAACCUAGCAUACGUGCAUCUCACGAAAGAUUUACGUAUACUUGAUUGGCAGCUUCAUCAAUUUGAUUUGAAAGUUCUCGAAAUUGGAUGUUUUGGGCCCUCUGUCUUGUCGUUUGUUCAUGAUACCUUGUUACCGAAACAGAAUAUUGAAAAUCUCGGCAGUUUUGUGCUAGAGCGCCAACCUUUUAGGACAUUCGCAUCGUCUGGAAUUUUAAAGCUAAUAACGCUCGAAACCACUCUCUACACCGUCUUGCUUGAUAGAGCUAAGGAAGGUGUGUCAGUCGAGAGUUUGACGCCUAUACAGACGGCGAGAUUUGUUGAUGCUCGGCUAGGAAACCUCGAGAAAUCUGAAGAUGAUAGCAAUAACGAUAAAGAAGAGAAACCAUCAAACUCAAAAAAGAAGAAAUUGAACAAGGAAUCAAAAACUUUAAAAAAGUCCAUCGUGAAAGAAUUCUCAGCAGGGAUAGGUUUGGAAGACGACCAUUAUUACACAACGUGGCUGGAUAGUAUAGGGAAAAGUUCAUCGAUUUCGAACCUCAAAAGAACCGGAAACCGCAACAGAAAGCGACUCUCGAAAAGUAUUGUGAAAAAUUGGUUAGCGGAUCAUAAAAAUCUAUACACUGACGAACAAUUUGAUUAUUACAAUAAUGCAAAAAAGAAAGAUGAUUUGACGGAUUGUUUGUUGCAAGCUCUUUCUUAUUAUAAUUACAGGAAAACUUCGCUACGCGAGGCAUUUAGAUGGAUAGAUAGUCAGCAAACAAAAUGA